GCGGCGAACAUGGCGGCUUCCGCGGCCGGCAUGGGCGGCGGUGCGGGCCCCGGGCCUGAGGCCGGGGACUUCCUGGCGCGCUACCGCCAGGUGUGCAACAAGCUGAAGAAGCGGUUCCUGCGGAAGCCGAACGUGGCGGAGGCCGGCGAGCAGUUCGGCCAGCUGGGGCGCGAGCUGCGCGCCCAGGAGUGCCUGCCGUACGCGGCCUGGUGCCAGCUGGCCGUGGCCCGCUGCCAGCAGGCGCUCUUCCACGGGCCCGGGGAGGCGCUGGCGCUGACCGAGGCCGCGCGCCUCUUCCUGCGGCAGGAGCGCGACGCGCGCCAGCGCUUGGCCUGCCCCGCCGCCUACGGGGAGCCGCUGCAGGCCGCCGCCGCCGCCCUGGGCGCCGCCGUGCGCCUGCACCUGGAGCUAGGCCAGCCGGCUGCCGCCGCCGCGCUCUGCCUCGAGCUGGCGGCCGCCCUGCGCGACCUGGGCCAGCCGGCCGCUGCCGCCGGCCACUUCCAACGCGCCGCGCAGCUGCAGCUGCCCCAGCUGCCCCUGGCCGCCCUGCAGGCGCUCGGCGACGCCGCGUCCUGCCAGCUGCUGGCGCGCGACUACAGCGGCGCCCUGGCGCUCUUCACGCGCAUGCAGCGCCUGGCGCGGGAGCACGGCGGCCACCCGGCGCCGCCGCCGGGGCCGCAGCCGCAGCCCAAGCCGCCGGGGCCGCAGCCCGGGGCCGGCGCAGCCUCCGCCGCACCGCUCGCGCUGCUCCCGCCCGGCGCGGGGCCCGCGGCCGCGCCCUCCGCCGCCGCGCUGGGCGCCUUCGCCGACGUGCUGGUCCGCUGCGAGGUGUCCCGCGUGCUGCUGCUGCUGCUCCUGCAGCCGCCGCCCGCCAAGCUCCUGCCGGAGCACGCGCACACCCUGGAGAAGUACUCCUGGGAGGCCUUCGGCGGCCACGGGCAGGACGGCGGCGGCGGCCUUCUCCCCGAGGAGCUCUUCCUGCUGCUGCAGUCCCUGGUCAUGGCCACCCACGAGAAGGACACGGAAGCCGUCAAGUCGCUGCAGGUGGAGAUGUGGCCCCUGUUGAGCGCCGAGCAGAACCACCUCCUGCACCUCGUUCUGCAGGAAACCAUCUCCCCGUCGGGCCAGGGGAUCUGAUGAGUCACUCCCAGCGACUCUGUGCCUGUCCCCGAACCUCACGCACCCGCCUGCGCGUUUCCGGGGACACAGGAGGCGUUGACCCGGCGCUUCUGCCUUUGCAGUGUAUCUUACCCCUGUUGCCACCAGAGGAAUGUGGUUGACUGCAAGUUACGUUGUUUCCACAAUAGUGGCAGAAAAAAACCCAUAUGGUAGAAUCGGAGUACAGUCUCCGAUUCUCUUCCCCAGAAACUGCAACAGAACCAUGAGAGUCCCUUCCGCCCCCUUUCCUCUUCUGUUUUCACCCAACUGUCCCCACCCACCCCUCUUCCCCCGCAAGGCUCCCCUCCCCUCGCGUCCCUCUUUCCGACUGAGGAUUAAUUUGCACAGCUCUGGCUCGCUACUUAAGCUGCAUGAUUUUUUCACGGUGACUCUGAUUGCUUAGCGUAUUUCGAUGUCCGCCUGCGUGAUCGCCCAGUUCCCCCUGUGUUUCAUGCGCCCCGUACGUGUUCGUGGGAAUCAUUGCAUUCAGUACUACGCUGUUGUCGCUACAGCCCUCAGUCCAUGAUAAAGCCAUUCUGACCCUCCUAGCUUGUGGUUCGGAUUUACCUCAUCUGUAAAAUGGGAAUAGCUUAUCUACCUGGCAGGAGGCGGCAGGCAGAAGCAGAUAGCUCCCUUUUAGCUCCAAGAUGGAUUCGUUCAUUCGAAAUGGACAGUGUGCCUAAGAAUCUACAGAGGUUAUUUGCGAUGUGGUCCUUUCUCUCAGCUGCAGCGCGAAUGUGUUCGGUGCAG